AUGUAUUUUAGAAAUGUUAAUGUCGUUCUUUUGUGCAUUAUCCUAUUUGGUAAAUUAAAUUCUGUUUGUCUAAUAAAUAAUAAACAGUUGUUUCUUAACAAUGUAAGAAAUAAUAAAUCUUUUUGUCCUCGCAUAAAGCUAAAAAAAAUAAACAAGAGAACAACUUUUAACAAUACCUCUUUUAGAAAAGCAUAUAACAACCUCUUUCUUUUUGACAAGCUAAAAAGGGGAUUGCAUUUUUUUAGUUAUUUGAAAAACGACGAAGAUGAGAAAUUUUUGCAGAGCAUAAUCUCGAAUAUCAAUGAUUUAGCAGCAAUCAAACAAAUUGUACAGAACGAGGAGAAGAAAGAAUUAGAAAAAGAAAACAUGAAAAAGAUUUUGCAGCACGCAGUAUUUUCACGUAUUACGUUCAAGAUUAUAAACAGUAUAUCUUAUCUGGUUAAGCACUUCGAUGUAGACAAAGCGCUGAUAUGCUCCAUUCUAAACGAUAUAGGCGAACAUGUUAAGGAACCAAAAGAGGCAGAGAGUUUUCUAGCCUUACACUUUUUUCUUUUAAAAGAUGAAGACAUAGAACUUUUUUCGAUGGUGCACAUUAUCGACUUUUUCAAAAGCAAGCAGAAACUAAUGGAAACGAUACAAAACAUAAAAAGAAGAAUAUACGAAGAGUGUGUAAAUGAGCUGGUGAGAAGGCAGCUUGACAGAUAUAGUCUUUUUUGUAAAAAAAAAAAAAUAAAGUAUGAUAUAAAAGAUGCAAUGAAUAAAAUUGAACUGCAUGUAAAAGAUGAGGAGUUAUAUUUUAGUUACGAUUAUAAAGAUUUAUUAAAACUUUUUGAAAAAAGCAUAGAGAUAGAAAAGAGUAAAGGGAGCAAGGAUAUCAUUAGAGGAUAUGUUAAUUCAUCAUCCAUGGAGGGGCAUAAAGAAAGUAAUGUAGUUAAUGUUUCAAUUGAUGAUAACACUGAUGUUAAUGUUGAUGACAAUGAAAAUUUAAAAGAAUUAAGAAAAACAUACGAAGAGUUACAGUCCUUUAAUGAUUCGAUUAUUCGAUUCAUCGAUACAGAUCAAGAACUGUACUAUUUUGACGAAAAUGAAUACAGCUUUAGAAAUAGAAGGAAAAAGGCCAGCAGCUACGAUGAUGAUAGAUGUGGUAAACCUUACGAGGAUAACAAGUAUGAUAACCAGUAUGAAGACCAGUAUGGGGAUCAGUAUGACGAUAAGUAUGCUGACCAGGAUGAUGAUCCUUAUGGGGAUGAGGAUAGGGACCGAGUUAAAGCUGUGCAAAAGAACAUAGACGAGUACAUAGAGAAAUGUACAAGAGAGAAAAACAUGUCGAUUGAAGAUAUUAAAAAUGAGUUCAUAGAACAGGCAGAUAUGAAUUUUAAAAAAUUUAUGGAAAGUAUAAAACUUGAUGAAAAUGCAAAUGAAACAGAAGCAUCAAUAGCACCUACAACGAUAGUAAAAGAAAAAAAAAAAAAUCCAGAUAAAACGACAUCAUCUACAAACGAAAUAACAAAUUUUAAGCUUAAAAAAAUAAGCACAAAUGAAGAGGAUAUAAAUUUAACGAAUGAUAUACUGUACGAAAGGCUACGAAUAAAAGUUUUAUAUUAUCUUCAAAAAAUGGAAUACUUAAAAUUCAAGUAUCAGUAUGACAUUAUUAAUGAAAGGUAUCCUAUAAACAAAAAUGAAAAAACGGUAUUAGAUGUUCUAAAAUACAACUAUAAGCUAGUUGUUGCUCCUCACAUUGACAACUCUAUAUUUCACAAGGACAUUCCAGAGAGAGCUACACAAGAUAAAGUAGAAAACGCAGCGAACAUAGUGACUGAGCCCACUCAUCGAAGAAAGAAGCAUUUUAAAUUCAAGUGCGCCAAUUGUAAUUACCACAUUUUCAAUACAAGUGAUAAGGACAUACCCGAGAAGUUAGAAGCAUGCCCGCAAUGUAACGCGAAAGUUUGA